UUUUGUUGUUAUUGUCUUUUCCGCACGGCACUCGAACAACGUAAACAAAUGUAUAAAUGCAUGUGAUUUUGGCGAGCUUGUAACUUUUCGUAAAGAGACGCGCGGGGUGACGACACUCACAUUAAGCGUGAAUUCCGCGGGGCCAAGUGUAUAUAUUUAACUUUUUGAGGAGCCCAAGCAAAAUAAAAGUGAAUCCGAGCAAUUACGGCGAAGUAAAACGGGUGCCAAUGAUUGCUACUACGCAAUAGAAAAGUAAUUUAUCAAACGUUUUGUUUCGCCACAAAACAAAAGCCAAUAUAAACGAAACCGAAAGUUGUGGUUAUUCGCCAUCAUAAAGUUGAUAAGAGCACGUUAACCUAUUCCGACUGCAAGCAAAAACGCUGGCUCAACUCGUCGUACACUGCAUAAUUCCCAUUGAAAGUCACAGGACAUGACCAGGCUGUUGUGACUGAAGAAUCUUAGUUCCAGCACAAAACCUCAAAUAAAUACCCAAAGCAAGUCGGUUAAAAAUGACCACUAACGGUAGCUUCUUCGAUGAACACUUCGCCAUGAUAUACUCAAACAUUAUGGAUCAGUACAUGCCAGAGUACUUUAAAAGCUUUCAGUAUACGCCAUGGGUUUUCUCUUUGUUGGGAUCGGUGGUCAUCGGUCUAAGUGGCAUAUUUCCGCUAAUCAUCAUUCCCACGGAGGAAAAGAUGGCGAAAGAAGGAUACAAAGAUCCUGCGGAAUCAAAACUCCUGCGAGUUCUCCUGAGUUUUGCAGUCGGUGGAUUGCUGGGUGAUGUUUUCCUCCAUUUAUUACCAGAAGCGUGGGAAGGUGAUCAGCAAGAUCCAUCUAGCCACCCAUCACUGCGCUCGGGCCUUUGGGUUCUUUCCGGAAUACUCAUCUUUACAAUCGUGGAGAAAAUCUUCUCCGGAUAUGCCAGUGCGGACGAAGAGAACCCCCAACCCAAGUGCGUUGAGAUUGCCAACUGCCUGUUGCGCAGACAUGGAGGACAAUUGCCCGAAGGAGAGACCGCUGAGAGUUGCGGAGGCGCCUGCGAUAUUGAAGAUGUGGAUAAGGUGUGCUUCCUUCGCGAAAGAGAACUUAAGUCAAAGGAGAAGAAGGAACAGCCUAAAAAAGUGGCUGGAUAUCUCAACCUUUUGGCCAACUCAAUUGAUAAUUUUACACAUGGUCUAGCCGUAGCUGGUUCCUUUUUGGUUUCCUUCAGGCAUGGAGUGCUGGCUACAUUUGCCAUUCUGUUACAUGAAAUUCCUCACGAAGUGGGAGACUUCGCCAUCCUGCUUCGAUCCGGAUUCAGUCGCUGGGACGCCGCGCGUGCGCAGCUUCUGACGGCAGGUGCUGGCCUUCUGGGUGCUUUAGUGGCCAUCGGAGGUUCCGGCGUAACGUCGGCCAUGGAGGCACGUACUUCGUGGAUCAUGCCGUUCACUGCUGGCGGUUUUCUGCACAUUGCUCUGGUCACAGUAUUACCUGAUCUCUUGAAGGAAGAGGAGCGAAAGGAGUCAAUUAAGCAGCUGCUCGCGCUGAUCUUCGGCAUUGCGUUAAUGGCCGUGAUGACCAUGCUAUUCGAACAUUAGGAACUAUAGAUGACAGCAGUAUAAGAUGAAAAUUCAAUCCCAAACAGUUUUAGAUCGCUAUUUUAAAAUUGUCAUUGGCAGUUCCAAAAUUACAUGAAUUUGUUGUACUUUAUGGGAUUCAUUAUCCUGCCUGCGUUAUGUAAUUAUAGCCAAUAUGAAUGAUA